AUAGAAUAAAGGCAAGUUUGUUUUAUUAAUGUAACAGUGUAAUGUGCAGUUGCCUUGCAGAUGUUGAUAUUCUUGAGUAGACUCUUCCGUCUCAUCUUUAGUUUAAACUAAAAUUACAACAGAAGGGAUAACAACCCCCGGCGAGUUAACCACUCGUAUCAUCUCUACUGCUUUAUCAUCACGUGCUACUGUAUAAACUUAUUUGGUGAAAAUAAUAAACGAAGAAAAUGAAAGAUUCUGAGAGCAAUGACCGAGAAUUGCCUACCGACAUAAAACAAUUUCAUGAUUUAUCCAAUGAAACUAAAAUUACACAAUCAGCCGGUGAAAUAAAUUGUGAAAAAAUGUUUGAUGAUCAAAAUAAGAUGAUAAAGGAUUUAUUUAAAAAGUUUAAUGUUAAUUUACCGGCAAAUUGGGAUGAAUUAAAUAAUGAAGAUAAACGUAAAUUAGUACGUAAAUGGACACGUGAAGCUUUUCCUAAUUUACCCGAAUCGUUAUUGACAAUAACAGUUGGUUGGACAGUUCAUGGUGACUGUGGUAGAUCUCCAGACCAAGUUCCCGAUUGGUUAGACCGCGAAAAGUUUGCUCGAGGUCAGAAAUUUGCUCGUGAUAAUCUUUUUGGAAUAUAUUUCUCUCAACUUCUUACUUUAUUUGGUUUAUUUUCAUUCGAGGACGGUCUUAAGCCAAUGAUUGUUACUGGAAAGUCAUCAGAGCCUUACACAGCAUUUAAAAGAUACCUGUCUACUGGAGCGCGAGUAAGAAAUUGGUUUAACAGCGAUCCUUGGACCAAGGGCACGCCAGCAUACAAUGACAUUCAAACAGUAAGGAGAAUGCACACAAUAGUGCGUAAUAAAUUGAACAUGAUAUCGAACGAAGAAAUAGACAAAGCCGGGAAAAUAGAUAAUGCAUGGUCGCCAACGAGAAAUAUUUUAUUACAAGAUUUCCGAUCAGAAUGCCCGGCGGCUUUGCCUGGACAGUGUCCUUUUACGAUGAAUACUGUAAGAGCCAUACGACCUAAAGGAUUGCAUCAAGGUGAGAUGGCUGUUACUCAAGGUGGAUUUGUUUGUUUAGCUGUUCUUUAUCCCGAAGCUUUCGGUCUCCAUGGCGCUACUGAUAAAGAUCUAGAUGACUUUUGCCAUGUAUGGAGGGGCAUCGGUUAUCUUCUUGGCAUUGAAGACGAAUUCAAUUUCUGUGGAGGAACAUUAGAGGACGUUAAAAAACUUUCUGCAGAUUAUAUACACGAAUGGGUAAGACCUAAUCUGCGUGAUAUAACUCCAGAGUGGGAGCACAUGAUGAGAUGUAUUACUGCUGGAAUGCAAUAUUAUUUUCCUGGCAGUUCUUAUGAAGUAAGUCUGCUGUAUCUUACGGAACUUAUGAAUCUCGACAUGCCGCGAUUACGUUCGUCACUCAGCUAUCGUGAAUGGAUUAAAUACAAAAUUACCAAAUUUACAAUGGAAUAUGCCUGCCGCUCACCACAACUUAAAACGUUUUUUAAUUCUCGUCUUAAUAAGUCUAUGGAUCGUGCAUUAAAAUUCACUGAUGAAAAACAUGCUGAGCUACGUGAGAAAUCGUCUAAAACAUUAUCUGUAGUAUUAAAAAAAAAUAAUAAUAAUACCAAUAAAAAUCAUGAAAAAUAUUUACAUGUCAGUAUUUUUUCUCAGUAUAAAGUUAUCGGUUUUUUAAUGUUAUGUGCGCAAUGUUUAAUUAUGUGGAGGACUAAAUUUAUUUCGGAUAUUUUGUAAACUUAGUUUUAUUAUCAUUAUAUUAUUUGGCUGUGAAUUUAAUAUUUAAAAUAUAUAUUUUUAAAAAUUUAUAGAAUUUUAAAUAAGUGCCAUCGAAUAUUUAUUAAAAAUUAUUAUAAAUAUAUAAAUAUUUUUUUUUUACACUAAAUGUAUAUCAAUAAGCAAUAAAUAUAUAACUAAUUUUGACGUUUAUUGUAAUUGUUUGAUCAAUAAAGUAACCCUCAAAUUCAUGUCAUAAUUCUACGAUAA